GUUCCUUCGAGUUGGAUCAAGCUGCUUAUGGAAAUAUUCUUUGUGAUAAUGAAUAUAAUGUUGUAAUUAGUGAUUUAGGAAUUAGUAAAUUAUCAACUGAAGCAUCUGUUGAUGAAAAUGGCUAUUAUGGAAUUAUUCCUUAUAUUGCUCCAGAGGUAUUGCAAGGGCAAAAAAGCAAUAAAUAUACAAAAGCCUCUGAUAUUUAUAGCUUUGGAAUGAUUAUGUGGGAAUUAAUGACAGGUAGAAGACCUUUUUGGGAUCAAAAUUAUGAUAUUGAGCUUAUUAUUAAAAUUUGUGAUGGUAUUCGUCCUACUAUUAACACAAAUGCACCUGAAGGGUAUAUCGAAUUAAUUCAAAAAUGUUGGCAUUCUGAUCCAAAUAAAAGACCAACAACAGGGGUUAUUCGUGAAUCUAUUAUUAACUCGCCUGAUAUUGGAUCUGUUAGUAUACCUGCAGAAUCAACAAGGAGUGUAACAAGUCGAAGUAUAUUUGGCAAAAGAAAAUUUGACGAUAUUCUGAUUGAGGAUGAAGAAAAUACAAAAAAAGUUAAAUUCAAUGAAAAUAAUCGUAAGUAA